AGUAGUUGAGAUUUAAUAUUGAUUUCAAACUUUGACACAAGGCCAGCAAGUUCGGGGAGGGAGUAAGUCGAUUACACCGACCCCAGUAUUCGAUUGGUACUUACUUCAUCAACCCCGAGGAGAUGAAAGGCAAAGUCGACCUCAGCGGAAUUUUGAACUCAGAAUGUAAAGACGGGCGAAAUGCCGUCAAGCAUCGGUAUACUAACGAUUCUGUCAGCUCGUCUCUUUUAGUAGAGAUUUAAUAUUCCUAUCAAGUAUCUUAGAUGUGAAUGGAAUUAUAAAUGGGAGAUAGGAGGUAGAGACGAAGUAGGUAGAAAAUAAUUCUCUUGCAAUACUAAGUGAAACUUCCGCUACGAAAUGUGAAACCUGAUGACGUGAAUUACGGAAAUGAACGGAGACACAUCUCGCGUGAUUACGAAUAAAUUCUCGUAGAUGUGGCGUCUAUGGAGUCGUACUGUUGACAUCACUCAGUCUGCUACAUCAGUUCACUUUAUAACACCGAAAACAUGGGACUGUGUAAGUGUCCCAAGAAGAAAGUUACCAACCUUUUCUGCUUUGAACAUCGUGUCAAUGUUUGCGAACAUUGUCUGGUUGCCAACCAUCCACGGUGUAUUGUCCAGUCUUAUUUGCAAUGGCUGCAAGACAGUGACUACAAUCCAUUGUGUACACUUUGUAACAAAGGUUUAGCUGAAGAUGACUCUGGUGAUUGUGUCAGAUUAGUUUGUUAUGAUGUUUUUCAUUGGGAUUGUUUAAAUCAAUACGCUUUAAAAAUGCCUCCAAAUACAGCACCAGCUGGCUACAGCUGUCCGACAUGCAAACAUGGUAUUUUCCCUGCCAGUAAUUUGAUGUCACCUGUUGCUGAAUCCUUAAGGCAGGUGCUAAAAACAGUAAACUGGGCCCGUGCUGGCCUUGGCCUCCCUUUGAUCAAGGAAGAAAGUCAGUCAUCUGGCAAACACCUUUCUGAAAAUGUGCAUUCUUCCUCCCCUCUGGCAAUCCAUUCUGCCUCAGUGAAUGCCCCUACAGUUCACAGUCCUACUGAUGCAAAGAAGUCUAGUCCUCAGUAUACUCGUCCAAGUGCGCAAGUUAGUCCUUACACUAGUACACCAACUCUUGCAUCUUCAUCAGCAUCUACACAUAGUAUUAUCAAUCUGGAUCCUGGCACAACAGCCAGAGGAGAAAAAGGACUUUUUACUAGUCCUAGAAAGUUAUUUGACUCUACAAAAGAUGAUGUUUUCAAUAUGUCACAUGACCAUGAUGAAGACAAAUAUAGAAGACGGCCUGCUCUCAGUUGGUUAGCAAGACUUUUUAAAACUAAUGACUCUUAUCGAACAAAAGACCCAAAUGCAACAAUGAAAAAAUUUCUUGUUGUUCUUGUUAUUGGUUUGAUUGGCUUUAUAACUGUGGUUAUGGUCUUCUCACAUCUUGGCCACAUGGCAACCCAAGAUGAUCCUGCUUUCAAUCCACUGGCAAAUCCAAACAUCCAUGUUAAGGACCAACAGAUACCCAACGAAGAAAUUAUACAGCAGAAAGUGAAACCAUUUCAGUGAUCUUAUCAAAGAUGGUAGGAGUCAAUUGGCAUUUUUGUUUCCUGGUAAAAUAUCUUAUAACUUAACAUAACGGCUGUCUUGCAUCAGAAUAAUACAUAGCUCCCUGCUUUAUGACAAAAUUCUUGAAGGAACCAAAACUGUUUAGUAUUUCUUUGGAGUCAUUGUUUGACAUUUUAAAGAAAUUUACUUCAUGUCAUUAAAUAACACAUUUACUGUAAAAUUGGAGAAAAAAAACAAAACAAAUAUUUUGUCUGUCUUUAAUGUUUAAAGUUUAAAUGGACAUUGGACUUCAAGUUUUCUUCAGUGAUGCUAAACUGCAUGGAUAUGCACCUUUUUUAAUCUAGCUGCAGAGAAGUUUGCAGUGAGUUACACUGUGAUUGAUUGUUAAAACAGCAUUUAGUGCAGUCACUAAACUUGGGAACAAAGGGUAUCUCUCUUCAACAAAUCAGACACAAACAUUUUUUUGAUGUCAGUAAACUAAAAAUUUUAGGUAAAAGCAUCAAAACACUCUACGUUCAUUCCAAUAUGACAAUAGAAACAAUUGGGUGUCUCUGUGAUAAACAUAGCAUCGAUAUUGUUUACUUGGGAACUUUUGUGUGUGUGUGUGUGUGUGUGUGUGUUAAUUUUUGUAAAAAAAUUUUGCUUUCUACAAUAUGUAACUGAAAUUUGCAGACAUGUUUUGUAUUUCCAUGGCAUCAUAAAUUAUGUAUCCGGAUAGAUUUCAGCAAGCUUAGUCAACAGUUUGGCUUUGCUUUUUGUUUGUGACUUUUUAUUUAAUGUAGAUCACUAAGACUCUUGAGAAAGACAUAAAUAUCAUAACUCUCACUCUCUCUUUCUCUUUCACAGACACAGUCUAAGGCUAGUCAUUGAUUCAAUCAUAUAUGUGUGUGAUGUAAUUAAGAUUCUGAUCAGUCAGCUGGCAUAGGCUUAUUGUCUCAGAUUUUAAUUAUAGAAGCAGUAGAUUAUAAGCAUUUCUAACUUUUUUUCUAAUGCCAUUAGUAACAAUUAGGUACAUACCAUAAUCUCUCAGUUCCAAGUUUAGUAUAUGUAUGUUGAAGUAAGUUAAUAACAAUGAAAGUUCAGUUUCUAUUUAAAAGAAAAAUAAACAUUCUUCUUUAUUUUGCUGUGUCUUUCAAAUACACAUUGAAGAUAUUUUGAUGUUUCCUACAAAAUUAGAUUUUACAUUAAGAAAAAGACUGAUUUGAAAAUAUUGCUAUUUUAUCUAUAUCUUUUCUUCAUUGUUGCGUUUGCCUAAUGAAAAUAUCUCAUUUUUCAUUAAGUAAUUUUCUUGGUAAUCUCAAGAAAAUAUAUAUCAUUAAUACAAAAUUCGUUAUGAUAUUGUGUUGUUGCUUAGUUACCUAUAAUUAGAUUGGAAAUUACCUUCUAAUAAGAAGUUAGCAAAUAUUUAUUGACCAGCUUACACAUUUUAAAGAACUUUUUCACAAUUUUCAGGACCAAUAAGUUAUUUGUGACUUUGGAACUCUAAGAUUAUUCCAUAUCAUCAUCAUUUUUAUUAGUAUCUAUUACAAUAGUUUUAUUUGUUUACUUGAUUUAGAUCUAUUAGCACAUAAAAUCGAAACUUCUAAAAACAAAAAGAAAAAUGCCAGUAAAAAUUAUCAUUGCUUGUUACUUCUAGUCGUAAAUUUGUUUUCCUGGUGGAAUACUUUGGGACACUGAAAAUGUUAACAAUCAUGCUUUGUCAUAAAGUUUUCAGAUUUUAAUUUAUCUUUUAAUGAUUUGGUCAGGAGAGGAAUUACAGGUGAUGGAAGGAGAGGAGGAAGUUAUCUUCACACAGAAAAAUUGGGCUGGAUGCUUUCAACUGAGUUGACUCCUAAUGACAACCGAAUAUCAUGUAGUGGUAUAAACCAAACGACAGGUUAAUCCUAUCAUCCAAGAACUGGAGUGUUUACUCUGAUAGGCUUCCACACAGUUUCCUUCUAUCAAACUUCACUCAUAAAGCUUUGGUCAAACUAAGGCUGCAGUAGAAGAUAUUUGCCCAAAGGGCCACCCAGAUGCAUUGAUUCUGAACCCAUGUAGUUACAAAGCAAACUAAUUAAUCACAAAGCCAUCCAAUUAUAAUAAAUAGAUCUUUCUAGCACUUCUAACUUAAAAUUAACAAAACUACAGAUAAAACUGUACAGUGAUUUGCGAUUACUUUCCUUUAGCGGGGAAAAUGUUUUAAGAACUUUACUCAUCAUAAAUUGACAAUAUAAUUAUCUCCCUUCAUCAAACAACAUGCUUUGAUGGACAAAGUUAACUGUUUACAGCUAAUAAAUUAGAAGGCCCUUUCAGAUUAUUUCUCAUCAAAUAUUUAUUAUGCCUAUUUAUGUAGUUUCAUUUUAGUUUGUUUGAUGCCUCCAAAGUUUGUGUUAACCCUUAAUAUAUGUGAUUGGUUUUCAUUUAAAUCUAAUUGAAUUGAAAUAUUUUUCUUUUUUUAUCAGGCAAUUAUGUGUCCUUUGUCUCUUCAGCACAUGGUAGAUCCUUUAAUGAAGUUUAGUCCAUAAAUGUUACCCUGUUUGAGCUUUGAUCCAAUCAUAGUAAUGAUUAUUGGAAGAAUGUUAUUGUUACUCUGUAAAUGUUGUGUUAUCAUAACCACAGUGUAUAAAUCAGUGGUUUUCAAUUUGUAUUCAAGUAUACCCAUUCCAUCACUACCCCAAUCAUAUUUAAUUUGUAGUGUACUCUAAUAUUUUCAUUGGAAUAUUUAAAACAUUCUAUUAACAUAUUGACUUUAUUCCAAGUCUUGAAACUCCUAUAGGUACUAAAGGUGCUCUCCUGGCUGAAAAACAAUGGUAUUUCAGUAUAAGGAGACAUAGUUUUUAAAGUGAAAUUUAUCAUGACAUCAUAAGGCAGAGCAAAAAAUUGCAAUAUUUUUGUUUGCAAAAUUUUUUUUAUGUAUUCAUUUUAAAAAUUUAUUUAAUUUGUUAAAUUGACUUAGUUUUAUAUAUAUAUAUAUAUAUAUAUAUAUAUAUAUAUAUAUAUAUAUAUAUAUAUAUAUAUAUAUAUAUAUAUAAUUCUAGUUCUAGUCUUUCAUUAGAAUUUUACUUUUGUUACCCAUCUCUUCUAAGUAACGAAGUGAGAUCAUUGACAUGUUCAUAGUGAAAACCCUUAAAUCUUGCUGGCUUAGUACAUUUACUUUAUUGUAAAUAGAUAUCUAUUGCUAAAUGCAAUGAGUUCAAAUCUCUGUAAGUUUGGAGAAAGAAAUGGAAACACACUCCGUUUGUAUCAUCUUCUGUAAACUCCUGUAAGUGUAGCAUCCAAAGAUUACUUUUUGAAGUUUAAUCCACUUAUUGUUUAAAGAAUCACAUAAAUGUUUAUCAUCGUCAUUAUCAUUGUCAUAUGCCAUAUUCAGUCCCAAUCUUGGUGACCACAUUCCUUCAGUGUGAUGGCAUGAAAGUGGUUGUGUUGCAGAAAAGAAACACUGUGAGUGAUCCUUUAUGUCUCCCUACAACACAGUGCAAACAUUUUGAAAGAGAGGAAUUUAUCCCAGUACUUGACUUAUACUCUAUUUUAUCAAAGAACAAGAGGCAAAGUUGACCACUGUGUGAAUAUAUGUUAAUAAAAUUAUAAUUGUUCAAACUAAUUAACUUGCAUGUUUAAAGAUUAAAACAAAGCUUCAGUGUAUACAUUUACACUACCCUACUUAACUGUAAAUAUUUUUUAAAAAAUUAUUUAAAUAUGAGGUUAAACAAUUAUAAUCAGGCAUUUAACACCAUAAAUGCUGUCAUAGGGAAUGUUCCUAGGAAUAAUAACAACAUACCACACAUUUACCCAUAUUAUAUAUAUAGAUAUAUAUAUAGUGACCAGGAUAUUUAAGUGCAGUGAAUGAAAAACAACAAAUUUAGUGUUUGUACAUUUGAUAUUGGAGAUAAUUAAGAGCUUGUGCAUAAAAAGUAAACAACAAAAUAUUUAUGUUCACCAUUUUCUGUUUAUAUAUUUAUUAAAAGGUUUUAUCUGUAGAUCUUUAACUAGUUUUCCUUUCAUAUAUUCGGAUUAUUUUUCUCUCAUUGAUAUAAUUUCUCCUUAAGAUAUUUUAUCACUGAUUGAGAUUUAAUUAUAUAUACAUUUACAUAUUUAUUUGCAUUAAAUAUUAAUGGAAAACAAGUAUCUUUCUGUUGUAUUUGAAACUAUUUAAUCCAUGUUCUGACAGUGUUUUCAUUUCAGUUUCUUCCAUAUAUUAAGAUGUUUUAAUUCUAGCUGUUUGAAGCUAGGUAUUUGUAAAUCCUUAAACUACUAAUAAAUUUAAUUUAUUACUUUCAACAA